GCAAGGUUAAUUGUUGAGUUAGCUAGCUGCCUAUAGCAACAAUGGCACGGUUCACCGGGGCCACGGUGCUCCUUAUCCUGAUCGCCGCCGUGUCCGUCUACACCUGCGCCGUCCUCGCCGGUGUCGCCCUCGGGCGGACGCUGGAGAGCUUGGAGAGGUCAUCAGCGGAGGCGGUGAGCUCCAAGCUGCAGCUCCCCUUUGGUAUCAGCAUCACCGUAGGAGCCGUCUCCCCCAAAUACUUCGCCGCCAACAAGAGGCAAAGGGAACAUUCAUCAUCAUCAUCAUCAUCUUCUUCUUCUUCUUCUUCUUCUUCAUGGUUGUCAUCAGUAGUGCCAUUAAAAUUAUCGCCCGUUGUCUCGAGCUCGCAGUCGAGAAGAUCCGCCAGCUACCGCACACCGUACUUCACCCCCGGCGUUGACCCGGUGGUCGAGCAGACGCUGUCGGUCGCCGCCCCCAGACAACAAACGAGGAGCAGGCAGCACGGCAAUUAUGGUAACGGGAACUUCUCUGGAGAGAUUGUGGUGGCAACAAAGGUGGGCCCAUGGGGUGGGUCCGGUGGGCAGCCGUUCUGCAUGCGCACCGGUGGCGGCAGGGCUCGCCUGAAAAGCGUGACACUGUAUCACUCCGACGCCAUCCACGCCUUCUCCUAUGAAUACGUCAGUGAGUCCGGAAGGAGAAGGGCGCAGGGCGGCGGCGGCGGCCAUCCCCGAAGCUCCAAAGGAGCAGUUCGUGAAACGAUCUACCUUUCACCGGACGAGCACAUCACCACCGUCGAGGGGACGUUCGGGCGGUGCCGGAGUGUGACCCAAGUAGUCGUCACCUCGCUGACGUUCCGUACGGACAAAGGGAGAACACACGGUCCCUAUGGUGAGCCGACCGGCCUGCCGUUCUCCGUCCCGGUUGCGAAUGGAUGUAUCGUGGGUUUCUGGGGACGCUCCGGCUGGCUCCUUGACGCUAUCGGAGUUUACGUCGCACCGUGCAAAGUUUACAAGGCAGCUUCGUAAGCAAUUCCUGGUUGAGAUGAGUUUUGGGGUUACGAAACACGAAAAGGACACGCGUUAUUCUAUAGUCAUACUAUAUAUGUCGUGCUUAAUUUCCGAAAGAUUUACAUACACUAUAUCUUGUGUACUCAUAAUAUUAUGUAAUUCUGGAAAUAAAAAGAAAAGUAUAUCACGUUUAACUUAA